AAAAGAAUCCGUGCGUAAGCGGCGCGGAGUCUCUGAGGAGUCAGAAGGAAAAGCAAAAGGCAGGAUUAAACGAGGCAUAGAGGGGUAAAUAGCCUCUGGGACUUGGGGCAUCUGCAUCAUCAAAUGCUUCAGAGGCCCCGGUUAUAAACAUAUAUCUGAGUUAUUGGUAGAGAGAUCGACAAAAUUUGGGUUGGUCGAAAUUGAGAAUAAAAUUCAGAAUGGGCAUAGAGGAUGAAAUAUCGCCGGCAGAUGCCCGGGGGAGUAGUCCUGGAAAGGAUCAGCAAGCGGCAGGAGUGGGCAUCCUUCUCCAGAUCAUGAUGCUCGUCCUCUCUUUCGUCCUCGGCCAUGUCCUCCGCCGUCACAAAUUCUAUUAUCUUCCUGAAGCCAGCGCCUCUCUUCUCAUAGGUUUAACUGUUGGUGUCCUUGCUAACAUCUCAAAUACAGAAACUAGCAUCAGGGCUUGGUUCAACUUCCAUGAGGAAUUUUUCUUCCUGUUCCUGUUACCUCCCAUCAUAUUUCAGUCAGGUUUCAGUCUCCCACCUAAACCUUUCUUCUCAAACUUUGGAGCCAUUGUGACAUUUGCUAUCGGUGGGACAUUUAUAGCUUCAAUUGUUACUGGUGUUCUAGUUUACCUUGGUGGUCUGAUGUACCUCAUGUACAGACUUCCAUUCGUUGAGUGUCUGAUGUUUGGAGCUCUUAUAUCAGCAACAGAUCCGGUCACUGUUUUGUCCAUCUUUCAGGAACUUGGCACGGACACGAACCUAUAUGCAUUGGUAUUCGGGGAAUCUGUUUUGAAUGAUGCAAUGGCAAUUUCCUUGUACAGGACAAUGUCAUUGGUAAAAAGUCACGACUCAUCUGGACAAAACUUCUUCAUGGUGAUUGUUAGGUUUCUUGAGACCUUUGUUGGCUCAAUGUCUUCAGGUGUUGGAGUUGGAUUUACUUCUGCUUUGCUUUUUAAGUAUGCAGGGUUGGAUAUUGACAAUCUUCAAAACUUGGAGUGCUGUCUCUUUGUCCUAUUUCCAUAUUUUUCGUACAUGCUUGCGGAAGGCCUUGGUCUAUCUGGUAUUGUAUCAAUAUUGUUCACAGGAAUUGUCAUGAAGCAUUACACAUUCUCAAAUUUGUCGGAAAAGUCUCAAAAAUUCGUAUCUGCAUUUUUUCAUUUGAUAUCAUCAUUAGCAGAGACAUUUGUAUUUAUAUAUAUGGGCUUUGAUAUUGCCAUGGAACAGCAUAGCUGGUCACAUGUUGGAUUCAUUUUCUUCUCAAUUAUAUUUAUUGGAGUAGCAAGGGCUGCAAAUGUUUUUUCUUGCGCAUAUUUGGUCAAUUUGGUUCGACCUGCCCAUCGACAGAUACCUGUAAAGCAUCAAAAAGCACUUUGGUAUAGUGGACUUCGAGGGGCAAUGGCCUUUGCCCUUGCUCUGCAAUCAGUUCAUGAUCUUCCAGAAGGACAUGGCCAGACAAUAUUCACCGCAACCACUGCAAUUGUUGUUUUGACGGUGUUGUUGAUUGGAGGUUCAACAGGUACUAUGCUGGAAGCUUUACAGGUUGUAGGUGAUGGCCAUGAUAGCUCCUUGGGGGAAAGCUUUGAACGGAACAAUGGAUACGUUGCUCCCUCAUAUAAUGAGGAAGCAUCAUCAGCGAACAAGAUCAAGAUGAAACUUAAAGAGUUCCAUAAAAGCACGGCAUCAUUCACAGCAUUAGAUAGGAACUACCUCACCCCAUUCUUUACAAGUCAGAAUGGAGAUGAAGAAGAAGAGCAUGAUGAGCCAAUGCCUAGUUCUAUAAGGGGGGGUUUCCAUGGCCAUGGUUAGAUUGCUGCAGUGACAACUUGCUCAGAAGCGCAUAUGAUGUGAGGAGUCGACGUUGUACAUAAUUUACAAAACUGCAUCCUAGAGAAGUAGAGAUAGCUGAGUGGGUGAAGUGGCAAAACGGACAAUAUCACAUCACUGUCACCUUUGUGCAUUCCUACUUUCUAAAUACAGUUGUAAAGGUUAUACGAGGGAGACAUUUAUUGGAUGGUAAUACUAGGACAGUUGGGCAUCUAUUGUUAAAUGUUACAAUCAAAUUGAUCAUUGUAGGCCUAUUCCAUUAAAUGGAUUUAAUUGUCAAUACUGUAUUAAAUAAGUUGUAGCUUUAAUUGCAAGUACAUGUUUGGUUCGCUUUCA